AUGGCGUCCCAAAAGAACGGCAACGGCAACGGCAACGGCAACAGCAACUAUCAAAACCCAUACAGUGUUGACGUGUUUGAUAUCGUGGCCACGCAAGGCGCCUUCCUUGUUACACCGUAUGGCAGCCCAGUGCACCCUAGCCCAGCAGGGCACGACGAAAAAUUCGCCAAAAAGCUUUACAUCCGACUUAAAUCCCAGCUUACGGUAGUCCAGCCUGGCCGAGCCGUGAAGUAUGGAAAACGCGCCGCCGAGGAAUCGCUCAGCGGCCACACGCCGCCCGAGGUCCGGGCGGAGUACGACAUAAGAAGCCGGAAGCGGUGGCAAGCGUUUCUGGAAGAGUGCAGCGCCGACGAUGACGACGACGACGAUGAUGAUGGUUCUCCGGCCAAAGUUGACCCCCAGCGAGGUCUCGCCGCACCAGCGACGGCCAAGCCGCCUUCCCGGCCCCUGACCCCGUCCUCAUCUACACUUGAAACGCCCAAUUCCGCAGAUACCAUCCCGCCUGCGGGCCGUCCUUCGGUCGCACAGGCCGGCACCACGACACGGCUGGACAUGGCGCCCCAAAAGAACGGCAACGGCGACGGCAACGGCAACAGCAACUAUCAAAACCCAUACAUUUUUGACAAGUAUAAUGUCGUGGCCACGCAAGGCGCUUUCCUUAUUACACCGUACGGCAGCCCAAUGGGCCGUUGCCUAGCAGAGUACGACGAAAAAUUCGCCAAGGAGCUCCACCUCCGACUCAAGCGCGUCCUUGCGGUAGGCCAGCCGCCUAUCCGAACCGCGACGAGAGAUACGGACACGGAGGAGGAGGAACAGGCCGAGGAGCGGCCGGCCAAGAUGCACCGCAACGCGGCCGCAGACGCGGCGGGGUCGCAACAGAGCGGCCGGCCGAGACGUGCACCUCGCAGAGCAGCCCAUCGACCUCGAGCAGCAUGAGGGGUUCCCCGCACGGCGCGUUGGGGCGGCAGAGUGCGAGCAUUAGGGAGGGAGCCCACAUCGGCCAAGUCCACCACGGACGCAUGCCGGGAGCCCGCGGUCGGACGUGGAGCCCCGAGUACCCCCGCCGCCGGUCAAGGUGGAAUUCACGGGCUUGGAAUCGAGGAGGAGAUGCAUAUUGUUGUAAGGAGUUGCUAGAGUAAAAACAAGCAUUACCUGAUGCUGCUUGCAGAUGGACGGUACAUUGCCACACAUUUCCAUUUUCGUACAUGACGA